GAAAACUCUCACGUGUUCAAUGCAGGAAAUACGGCUCAUUGGAGUAUUCUGCCCAUAUAUAAGGCCACGUUCGGGUCCCAAAAUUCACUGGCUUCAACAGAGAGCUUACAAGACACGAUGAAGGUCCUCCUCGCCGUCUUCGCCCUCCUCGCUUUGGCCUCCGCCACUCCCGUUCAGGAAUGCCUAUCAUACGAAGUCUGGUAUGUGAUCUGCGAUCAGGUGGAUCAUCCGCCUCAUUGGAACCGGAAGUGUGGGGCAUUAUCGGUGGGAUCCCGGUCCCCUUCGGCGGCGUGCCCGAGAACGCUUGCGAAUCCCUCAUCGAAGGAAGGUGUCCCUUUGCUGAUGGUGAUCACUUGGUUUACUCUGAGGGAAUGGAAGUUCUUGCCAUCUACCCUUCCAUCGAGCUGACGGUGAGGUGGGCCCUCACGGAUGAGUCACGUAACUGGCAGGUGUGCUUCGAAUUGGAUGUGGAAAUCGUAGAUUUCAAAAAGAAACCCAGACUGCCCGGAAAGUUUCUCUUCUAAGCGCAGGGAAGAACUUCUAGCACCAAUUUUAUCCCCGUUUCCCUAAAUAGAUGGAAUUCCUUUCCUGAGUCUGAAUAAAUAUUUCCAGGAUAUCUGGAUAUUUUAAUUAUAA